GGGCCCAUGCUGAAAAAGAAGACUACUGUGACUCCUUCUGUGGAGCUGCAUGAGUGCUGCUGGUGUCAGGGAGCAGCAUUUCAUUGAUGGCAUCAUGAAUUCAUAAAUAUACUGCUCUAUAUGGAAAGAGAAGAUGCUACCAUCACAUGACAAUGAUCCAAAACACACAUCUAAGACCACUGUUGCAUUUCUGAAGAAUAACAGGGUGAAAGAGAUUCAGUGGCCAAGUAUGUCUUCUGAUCUGAACCCAAUCGAACACCUUUGGACAAUUCUGAAGAGACAAGUUGAGCAUCACUCUCCAUCCAGCAUCCAGGCUCUAAAAGAGGUAAUUCUUGAAGAAUGGAAAAAGAUAGAUGUUGCAAUAUGUUGACAACUUGUUCAUUCCAUGCCUAGAAGACUUGCCGCUGUCCUUACAAAUCAUGGAGAUCAUACAGAAUACUA